AAUUUUUAUUAAAUUAAAAUUUAUCAUAAUUAAAAAAAAAAAAAAAAAUGGAAGACUUUGAAAUAAUAAAAGUGGAUAGUGAAAAGCUUUAAGAAAUAGAAGAAUAACUAAAUUAAUCUAAAUAAUCUAUUGAAAAGCUCAACAAAGAAGUCUCCUAUCUUUAAUCAACUUUAAACUAGCAAAAAAUAACUAAAAGAAAAAUAUAAAAAAAGUACUGUGAUUAUGAGGAUACAAUAGCCAGUCUAAAAAUACAAUUAUCUUCUUAAGAAAAGCUAAAAUAAGAGUAUCUAGAAUAAAAAUAACUUGUAGAAAAACUAAUAAUUGAAAAAUUACAUUUAAAUAGAAUUAUAAUUUAGUAAAAGAAAUAAAUAGAUUUUUUAAGUUAAGAAAAAUAAAAACUGGAUAUAGAAAACUAGAUUUAGAAGAAAUAUAUAAAAUAACUCGAAAGUUAAACUUUAUCUCAAAAAUAACAACUUUAAUCAUAAAAUAUUAUUUAAGAAUCUUUGAAAGAUACUGAAAGUAAUAUUAUCCUUUUAAAAUUAUAAAAUUAUUAAUAAAUAUAAAAAUUGAUGAAUGAAAGAAUUUUUAUGGAAGACUUAUUAGAAAAUAUGAAAAACGAAUUACAUAUAAAGUACAUGUUAAUAAAAAAAUAUAAUUCUAUCCCCAAAUAAAACUCUUUUGUUUAAAUUGUAAAACCUUUAAUUUCUAAUAAUUCUAUAUAGACAGUCUAAUAAUCUUUAAUAUCUAAUAAUAAUUAUAUGAAAAGUAUUUAUUAAACUUUAUUUUCUAACAAUUAUUUUGUGUUAACUUUUAUUUAACCUUUAAUUAAGAAUUUCUUAAUUUAAAAAUCUUCCUAGCUUUUAAACAAGACUAUUUCCUUUUAGAAUGUUUGGAAUUGUCCUUUAGUUACUUUUAAUAAAUCAAAGUCUUAUGAAUUUUUAACUAAUAAACAAUUUUUAGCCAAUAAAAAUACUGAAACUCAUCUCAAAUGUAUUACUUGGAAAAAAUUAGAUUAAUAAAAAGAUACUUUAAAAUAAGAAAUAACUUAAAAAAGAAAUUAAUAAGAUAAUAAUCUUUAAGAAGUAGUAAUAAUUAAUGGAAUAUCUUAAAAUAAUAAACCAUUUAAUAUUAUCAGACACCCUAAACCUAUUAUUUAAAAAAAGAAUGAAUGUAAAGGUGAAAAUUUGUUUAGAUUAACAGUGAGUAAUGAUUAUGUGAUUGUUAAUGAUAAUAUAUAAAAAGUGAAUUUUAUUUCUAAUCAAAUUGAAUCGAAGAAAGGCUUUAGUAAUAAAUAGUUAUUAAAAUAAAAGAAAAAAGAAAUGUAAAAAAAGAUCAAAGAAGAAUAGAAAUUCAAACAAUACUUAAUCAAUUUAUAAUAGUAAAUUAUUAAUAUGUAGUUGAGAAAAAUUGUAUUAAAUUAUAAUGAUAACAAAAUGAUCGCUAAUUAUUGAUCAAAACAAAAAAAAGAGACUAUUUUUGCUUACAAAUAAUAUAUAAAAAAGGUUAACUUUAUAAAAAAAAAUAUAUUAAACUUUUACUUUUACUUAUAUAUCUAUUAUUUGUUAAAAGCAUAUUUUUUAUUUUUGUUUUUUU